GCAGGGAAACUGAAACCUGCAAUUAUAGCGUUAUCGGAAACGCGGGUGACUGCUGAAAUUAAAGACAGUGAACUGUAUAUGACGGGAUAUAGUGUAAUUAGGUGCGAUGCAGAGAAUAGGAUCACAGGAGGUGCCAUACUAUAUGUAAGAGAUGGUAUAAAAUAUGACAUAAUAAUGAAUAACAAAAUAGAAUCAAUCUGCUGGAGUGUAGCAAUCGAAGUCAAUGAUAAUAUAUAUAAAGGAGUGAUAUUAGUGGUGUAUCAUUCACCGAGUGCGUCAGAUGCGGAAUUUAUAAGACACAUCGAGGAUGUGUCGGAGGAGCUAUCAAUAAAAGGGGAUUUUCUAAUAAUAGGAGACUUUAACAUAGAUGUCACGGUAAACUCGUUCUAUAAAAAACAAUUAAUAGCAGGAAUGUUAAGCCUAGGAAUGAAACAAUAUGUUAAUGAGCCAACGAGAGUAACAAAGGAUAGCCAAACAAUUAUAGAUCUUGUAUUUGCGAAUGUAAGCGUACGAUUGCAGGUGGUACAUGAACCAAAAAUAACAGACCAUGCAUGGAUAAAAAUAGAAUUAGGAAUGGGCAAUACGGAGAGUACACCUAGAGAAUAUAAGUCCAGGAAUUAUAGUUUAAUAGAUGAGCAAGUAUUUGCAACAGUUUUGAAAAAUUCUGCAUGGCAUUGGUCACAUGAGGAUAUAAAUCAAAAAGCAACGAUACUUGUUGAUAAUAUUGUAGGGACGUUGAAUAUAUUAGCACCAAAAAGGAUUGUUAAGAUCCCGGAUGUAUGGGAGGGCAAAAGGUGGUUUACAGAUGAAAUAAAAAGGGCGGCGGACAAAAGGGAUAACGCCUACACAGAAGCAAGGUACAAGGAAACGGAUAAUAGCUGGGAACAAUUUAAGGUAGAGAGAAAUGCUGUAGUUAAACUGAUAAGACAAAAGAAAAAAGAAUACUACGAGGAUAUGAUAGACAGAAACAGGAGUGAACCCAUAAAAAUGUGGAAAACCUUGAAAAAACUAAUUCGAGGAGAGACAGUAGGAAUAAGAGAAACUGGAAACAUAGAUUUUGAAAUAUUGGAUGAGAAGACGAAAGGAAAUAUAGCGGAUAAAUUUAACAUAUUUUAUGUUGAAAGUAUUAAUAAGAUAGUAAGCUCAAUAGCGAAUGAUUCAUAUGGAAGUCCACGUAGAAGAAGAAUCCUGAUUGGGGAUAGUGUAGGGAAUAAAAGAAUCAUUGAGAAAUUUCAGGAUGUCGGAAUAGAGGAACUCGAGAAAAUUGUCAAAGGACUCCCCAAAAAAAAGGGUACAGAAGAAGGAAUAUCAAGUGAAAUACUAAAAAUGGCAUUCAGUGCAAUAAAACAGAAAUUUGUUGAUAUAAUCAACGGAUCCCUAAAUGAGGGCUGUUGUCCUGAUAGUUGAAAAAAGUCCACGAUCAUACCAAUCCCAAAGAUAGAUAGAGCCAUAAAAGCAAAGGAU